AUGGGCGAUGCGAAACUUCGAGUUGCUAUAAUCGGUGCAGGUAUUGGGGGUCUGGUCCUUGCGCUUUCACUGCAUAGAUUCAGCAAGAACGUCAGCGUCGACAUCUACGAGUAUGCUGCCGAGCUCACUGAGCAUGGCGCUGGCAUAGCUGUGUGGGAACGACCAUGGAAAAUAUUGGUUGACCUUGGACUCGAAAAGGACUUACAGACCAUAGCAAAUAGGGAAGGCCCUGCCGCGCACUUGGGUUACAGGAAAUCCGAUCAACAGAAUGGCGUCGAUUUUCACAACCCUACUACACGCUAUGGCAUGGCGAACUUUCACAGAGGAGAGUUUCAACAGGUGCUGAGCAAGCAUCUCCCGCCCUCUUACACCAUCCAUUUUUCCAAGAAGCUCGUCUCUUACACUGAACCCGAUUCAGGCGAAAUCGUUCUCAAUUUCCAAGACGGAUCCCUUGCAACCUGCGACGUCAUCGUGGGUUGUGACGGUGUUCGCUCAGUUGUCCGCGGGACUCUCUAUCGCUCCUUUGCGGAGAAAGCUGAGCGCAAUGGGGAUAAUGCAAUGGCAGCAAAAGCGCUGUCUCACGUGAACGCGACUCACAGCGGGUUUUCGGCUUACCGUGGUCUCUUUCCGACAGAAAAGCUGCUGCGCAGGUUUCCCAAUCACAAAGUAACCGCAGGCCCUCUUGUGUGUUUUGGGAAGAACAGGAAUUUUGUGGUUUAUCCUGUCUCCCAAGGCCGAGCUAUCAAUGUUGUGGUGUUCUUCUCACAACCUGAACUUGAAGGCAAAUUAUACGAUGGUCCCUGGAUGGUUCCCGCGGAGACGCAGGAGAUGGUAGAUAGAUUCCACGCCUGGGAACCCGAGGCCAAGGGCGUGCUCGAAUGCAUGGAGAACGUGUCCCUCUGGGCUGUCAAUACCGUAGUGGGCUUGCCUACCUUCGUUGGCAGGCGGGUUGCUCUACUCGGGGACGCCGCGCAUGCAAUGACGCCUCAUCAUGGAUCUGGAGCCGGACAGGCAUUCGAGGAUGCGUACAUACUGGCUUCUGUCUUGGGACAUCCUUCCGUCACUCUUGCAACUGUCGACCAGGCUCUGCAUGUCUAUGAUGCGAUACGUCGUCCUUUCGUACAGGACGUACAACGACGCUCUCACUAUUCGGGAAAGCUCUAUCAGCUGAGCGGCCCCGAGUGCCAGGCACUGUCCGAAGAAGACAGUGCCUCGGGUGCAGUUUCGGUCGAGAAACUUGCGGAGGUUGCGAACGCGAUAGAUGAUACGAUGAACUGGAUGGGGAUGGGCUCAGGCAUGAGCGAACGUACCCGGGCCUUGAACAUGUUGGAGUGCAGUAUGGCGCGCUCCGGCGAAUCAGCGCCAGCUGCGGUAGCCUCCGUGUUUCCAAUGCACAGGUUAUGA